AUGUCGCUUCAAACAGUCCUUAAAGCAAUUGUUCAGUCUCUCAUCGGCAGAGUUCGUACGAAAGCCGAAACAAACUCGGUAUUCGGUGCUGUAUUUCGAGAACCGUUUGGCCGUUUCGACUUCAAGAUGGACGGCGUGACAAAAGCGAUGUUUCUCAAUCUCCACAACGAAGUACGCAGAUUGAUUGCUCGUGGAAAAUACUUCGGUGUGGAUGAACCUCUCGGACCAGCGAAAAAUAUGUAUAUGUUGCGUUGGGACUACAAUCUGGAACGGAUCGCAGAAGAAUCCAUUAACUCCUGUUCAACGACCGAGCCAACGUUCGAGGCAACACACUACGCCCGAAAUGUAGAUGUGACGAAAUCUGUAGGUCUGCUAGAUUGGUAUUUGUUAAACGCCUAUACGACAGUGCUAAAGUGGAAAAACGAAGCUCGUGAGCAUCGUUUGAGUGCAAACAACUCAGUUGGCCAUUCAGGACUAUUUGAGUUUGCUAAUAUGGUUUACUCGAAAACAACCAAAGUAGGAUGUUCUGUCAAAUGGUGCGAGAGCUUCUAUAUCACCGCCUGUGCCUACGACAAACAUGGUAAUCGUCUUGGAACGUCGCUAUGGGAAACUUCGACUUCUGAGUGCAUUUGGGACGGUGACUGCACAACCUACAACGGAUCGACCUGCGAUGGCGGCCUUUGUGUUGAUUCGAAAAGCUCAGCCGUCGUAGAAUUAAUUCAACCAACCAUAAAUCGUACUGAAGAUGUCAGCGAAACAACUACAUCGGAUAGUAUUCCUUGGGACGUCAGCGAAACAACUCAAUCAACAAUAAGUUUUUCUGAAGAUGACAGCGAAAUAACUCAACCAACAACAAGUUUUCCUGCAGACAUCAGUGAAACAACUUCGCCAUCAACAAGUUUUCCCGAAAAGAGCGAAACAACUCAGCUAAUAACAGAUAAAUGUAGUCUGGGCAAUGGAAUGACUGAUGAAGCGAGGAAUGCUAUCCUGAAUGAGCAUAAUAGGCUGAGAAGUACAGUAUGUGAUGUAUUGGAAAAACUACCCAAUGCGGUUUUUAAAAGUGUUAAAGAUAAAACGUUUCUCGUAACUUGUAGAUCCUUGGUGGCCAAAGGUUUGGCUGAAGACCCAAAAGGAGUCAACGGUUACGCACCGAAAGCGGCCCGAAUGCUAAAAUUGGUGUAUGACUGCAAAAUUGAAGAAAGUGCUUCAAGACAUGCACAGAAAUGCGUUUUCGAAAGCAGUGCUAUAUCUGAACGCCCUGGUCUUGGAGAGAACCUGUUUCACGUUAGUGGCAUGAGGACGAAUUUCUCUGUGAUUGGUGUAUGGGCAAGCCAAUCGUGGUUUAGCCAGUUAAAAGAAGGAGGGGUGCAACCGGAUAACCUCUUCACCUGGAUGGUUGCCAAUCAAAGCUUUUCUGUUUCACAGUACUCACAGAUGGUGUGGGACCGCACGUACAAACUCGGCUGUGGUGCUGCAAUAUGCUCGGAAGGUUCAGUUGUAAUUUGCCAGUAUGGACCAGGUGGUAACUUUUUGGACGAAGAAAUUUACACCGUAGGAGAGCCGUGCAAAACCGAUGGCGAUUGUGGAUGUGAUGGAUGCACAUGCAGCCGCGAUGAAGCGCUUUGCGUCAAACCAGAGAAUGAAACGCUUCCGCUAGUUCUGACAUUUCCUCCGCUACUUCCUUUUCACUUCCAGCUACCACCUAGUGCGCCAUCGUUUUGA